UAAUCAAAAAUUUUCGAAAAUUUAUUUUCAUAAAAAGCUUCCCCACAUCAUUUCGAAUGCUGUUCUGAAAAAAAAAACAAAAACUGAACAAAUCCCCGUCAAAAUGGGAAAAAAUCUAAUUUAUGUGAGCACCCUGAUCCGAAACUCCGCCCAUUAAAACUUGUGAACUCUUAGGCGAGCUCUGGGACUUUCUUGCGGUCUAAACAUCAUCAUUGCCCCGGCAAACACUCUGGCUUUGUAACUGCGGGAUUAAACAACAAAAACUGUCCGAGGAAAAUACAAAAGUAGACUUGGAUAUCCUGAAUAAACGAAACGACUAUUAAAUGUGUGUGUGUGUGUGUGAGUGUAUUGAGAGAGAGAGAGAGACACACAUGUAUGUGUAUGUAUUCUUUUCUGCUUAAAAAAAUUAGGUAGUUCAACGAUUAAAAAGAGAUUUCUGUAUUUUCGUUUAAUAAGUGAAUUCAAACUAUUUACAUAUUCGUUUCGCUUAGUCGGGAUAUAUGUCUAUUUUAUAUUUUCCCCGGUUUGUUUUGAUUUCGUUAAUAAUCAAAAUUCGUUAAUAAUUUGAAUUUAAAACCUAAGAUCACUCAUUCACGAGCGAUCCACGUGCAGUUUUAAAAUAUCUAACAGUUGUUGUUGAAUUAUUAACAUUUGGAUUAUAUAUGGCAACUUUAGUGAUAUCACAAAAAGUUUUCACAUUGUUAUUUGUUCUAAAUUUCUUUUUAUUCUAUUGCACAUAUUUAUUUUCGCUUUUCCCCCUAAAAAAUAAUUUUUAUGAAUCCAAAGAUGAACUUGCAAAUAUUUCUGUUGAAUCAGAUGGAAACAAAUACGAUUCUCUGUUAAAUUAUGGUUUUAGAAGUCCAUUCAGUCGUGUUGUGGUUAUGGUCAUUGAUUCUCUCCGGGCAGAUUUUGUUAUCCACAGCAAAAAUUCGAACAUGAAGUAUGUCCAAAAACUUCUAAAACGAGAGGAGGCAAUUGCUUAUUACUCGAUCGCUCACCCACCUACAGUAACCCUUCCUCGAAUAAAAGCAAUGAUGACUGGGACUAUUCCUGGAUAUAUGGAUGUUAUACUUAAUUUUGGUGCGCAGGCUGCCCAGGAAGACAACCUUGUAUUUCAGCUUUACAAAGCUGGGAAAAAAAUUGUCUUUUAUGGUGAUAAUACUUGGAUUAAUUUAUUCCCAGACUACUUUCAUAGACAGGAUGGUACAGUUUCAUUUUUCGUUUCAGACUAUACCGAGGUUGAUACUAAUGUUAGCCGGCACUUGGAAUGGGAAUUGCAACAAAAUGAUUGGGAUGUGAUGAUACUGCACUACCUUGGGCUUGAUCACAUUGGUCACAUGGCAAAGCCAUCUAGUCCUUUGGUGGAACCCAAACUUCAAGAGAUGGAUAAAAUUAUCGAAUUCAUUCACCAAAAACUUCAAGAACAGCAUCAACACCAACAAACUCUUAUGGUCAUUUGUGGUGAUCAUGGCAUGAGUGACCAAGGGAGUCAUGGGGGUUCUUCUCACAAAGAAGUUACUUCAGCUAUGAUUUGGCUUAAUUCAGCUGACAACACAAAGAAAGAUCACAAAAUCACCUUCCUGAAGCCGUUCACUGAAGUUGACCAAAUUGAUAUUACUGCAACACUGGCUAUUGCUUUAGGAGUUGCAAUACCACGCAACAAUAUCGGUGUCAUGAUACCUGAUGUACUGUUACCAUUUUCAACUCUUGAGAAUAUUGCUCAUUCAAUGUACAUCAAUGCUAACCAAGUGUUGUCAGUCUUCAAAGUAUAUGAACCAAAAUGGGAAAAUAACGAUGCUGUGUUGAAGUAUGAGCUGGCCAUUUCCAGACACCAGUUAUGGAAAAAUGCUAGCCAGAAGUAUACUGCUCAAUGGUAUCAGGAAGGCAAGUCUAUUGUCCAAUUUUAUCAUGAUGCUAUGAAAACUAUGAGUUCUAAAAUGCUAUUGAAGAUGAUUAAUCAUGAUGUCAGUGGAAUGAUCUUUAGUAAUAUCAAUUUAUGGUUAUUCCUUUAUGUACUUGUAGUUAUCAUACUGCAGAAAGGAAGUAGUUCCAUCGAACUUGUCAUAACUAAUACCUACUGCUUGUGUCUUUUCUUGACUGGAUUGGUACUAUUAGCUGUGCAAUUGUUAAUUUGUUCUGGUAAACAUCAAACCAUUCUCUGCAGUAAUCCAACAGUCGUCAUUUUGCUGAACUGUGCCUCAUAUCUCAUAAUUCUGUUAGUAGUCUCUAUAACUCCAGUGUUUCUAAAUAUAUUGAAGAAAAAGCUAGUUUUCCAAAAUUUUAUUUCAGCAUUUGUGGUAUUUGGGACUAUUUUACAUUCUGUGAGCCUUAUGUCAAGUAGCUUUAUUGAAGAAGAACACCAGACUUGGUACUUCCUAACUUGUAGUUUGUUUGCCAUUACUAGCUGGUAUUUAGUAUCAAGGUUAUCCCUUGAAUACUCGUUCAGUUAUUGCAGACCAAAUAUGAACCCUCAAACACACGAAUUAAGCCAGCAACGAAUAUAUUAUAAUAUUACUAACUAUGGGCCACGAUCUCAAUAUAUAAACUUCAAUUACAAGUCAUGUGUGGCAUCUUUCCUUAUGCUUGUCUUGUGUCGAUCACAACGAAUGUGGAAUAAUACAGGAGACAAAUGGCGGGAUCUUCCUGAUCUUGGUGACUGGCUCAUGGAGUCAAAAAACAAAACUACUCUUUCAGUCAUUUGUGCUGUUUCUCUGUUAAUAAUUUUAAUUGUUCGGUCUUACCAAGUAGAAAGUAAAGGUCAUCUCUUGCUGUUGUUGGUGGCCUUUGUGUCAACAUACUUAUUCCAUGUGUCUAGUAAUCACAUUUACUUACCAUCUAUGUUUCCCUAUCAAUGCAGUGAAAAAGGUGUAAAUGAGGCUUAUUUGAUAAAAUGGUGUAUUUUACUAAUGUUUGUGAAGGUAUUUUUUGGCAUUAAAUGGCAGCAUCCUUAUCAACAAAGCAGUAAUUCUGGUAACACACCUUUUACUCACUUGGUUAUACUGAAGUCUUUUAUUUUAUGCCUGCAGUCUGGAUGUAUUGUAUUGUCAUCCUUUCUUACCUCUCACCCUCAUAAUAUUGUCAUCAUUGCUACUGCUGUACUUCAAGAAGUCAUUCUCAGUUAUUACAUCCUUCCUAUAGUUCAGCUGCCUUCUUGGUGUGUAUCUUUAAUUUAUUUUUGGAUGGCAAAUGCUACAUUUUUCUAUCAGGGUCAUUCUAAUAGCCUCAGUUCUAUAGAUGUUGCAGCUGGAUAUUUUGGUUCUACCCAUUAUCAGCCAAUAUAUGUGGGAAUACUAUUAACUUUGGCAACAUACUCUGGCAUGAUGUUCUGGUAUUCCAGUUUGGUUAGUUACUUGUUUAGCUCAUCCCCACACCAACAGAUGCCUUACAGGUUAUAUAUUGCAAGUCUUUGUAUGAUACUAUUUGUAACUGCAUCCAUCCCAGCAUAUACCCUAUUAGUAUUUUUCCAGCGAUUCCAUCUCUUUAUAUGGACAGUCUUCUCUCCUAAACUCCUAUUUAUAGGAAUGUUGUUCCUGGUCACUUCAUUCUUUGUUUUAAUUAUUUUGCUCUUCCAGGCUACAUCAAUUCCUGUAAUAUCUAUUCAUGUAUGAUCUCAAGCAACCUAAAUGUCUUUCAAAAAAUUAUUUAUUCUCUUCAAAAGAGGAAUUCUUACUUUUUGUCUCAGUAUGGGAUUCUUUUCAAAACCUGUGAGCAUCAUUACUUAGUGUCACUUGAGAGAAAAUUUUUGACCAGUGUUAAAUACAGUAAUAGCCCAUCUGGUUGCUCAUGUAUCACUGAAAUAGCUCGUCUCAUGUAGUGUUUUAUCUGAAUAGAAAUUGAAGUGGUCCCCCAUUACUUUGCUCUAAACGAAUAGGAAGAUUUAAAUCCUAUGUUACAAGCUAAGAAAAUGUUUGUCAAUAAUUAUGUAGCCUUUUGCAUCUUACAACAAACCAACAUUGCCUCAUAUAGAAAGUUUCUGCAAGAUUUUAUCUCAUUUUCGGUGCUGAUCUGUGUACCUAAAUUUAAAAUUAUCCAAUCGAUAGAAUUGUAAAUAGUUAUAACAGUGGCUAUGGUUGAGAGAGUCACAAACAUCUAUUCACUACCUAGAGAUUGAACCUGAAAUCAUUGUUUAAAUGUGAAAGUAACUGUAAACACUAAAACAGUAUCUUGUUGGAGAAUGGUAUCAGCAAGCAAGUAAUCAUUCAGGUUCCUGUAAACAUAUUAAGAAACUGUUUUUAUCAGUAGCUAGGCUGCCCAUUGAAACACAAUAGAUUCAGCAGACACUUAACCUGUCAGAAACCCAGUUGUAAACAGCCUAACCAUUUGGGGAUAAACAACAUAUUGGAAUGCUAUAAACAAUCUUGUCUUUAGUGCCUUUUCUUUAACAGGACAUUAGGUAUAUAUAGAUGGCUUGUCUGGUCACUGAUCAUUGGUCAUAAUACAGCUAAAGUCAGUUGCUGCAGGGACUUACUCCAUCCACUUCAAUUAUGACUACACCAAUCUGCUAUCACUGCUGACACUUCUCAUGGACACACAUGAACUGACUCAUUAGGCAUAAAUAUUUUUAUACUUUUUCUCUGUUGUCAAUGACAAAAUAUUUUUGUUAAUAAUUAAUAAAUAUUUUUGUAUUGGGACUUCA